AUGAUUUUGACUGGUAGUGUAUAUCGGAACAUGACGUUUCUUCCGUUUCUUAAAAGAAAAACAGUCUAUCUAUAAUCUUGUAUAUGGAAGCCGUUAGCUUCUCAUUGUCGGCGAUCUUGUAGUUAUAAUUGUAAUUCUAUAAAAGUUUGACAGUUAAAUUUAUUAGAAAUUACGAAAAAAUGGCUUAUCUAGAUAAUGUUUUUCAAUCAUAUGCAUUAACUGCUUCGAAGGAUAUGAUACCGGAUUGGCUUAAUGCGGAACAGAGCACGGGGACAUCAAUUAUGGCAUGUGAGUUUAAUGGUGGCGUCGUAAUAGGUGCUGAUUCUCGUGGUACAACAGGGGCAUAUGUUUCCAAUCGUUUUGCUGAUAAAUUGACAAAAGUAACAGAUUAUAUUUAUUGCUGCCGUUCUGGUUCAGCAGCGGACACUCAAGCAAUUGCUGAUAUUGUAGCUUAUCAUUUAAGCUUACAUCAGAUGGAACUUGGAAGACAACCCUUAGUGGAGACUGCUGCUAAUGUAUUUCGUGAAAUAUGCUAUAAUUAUCGAGAUUCCUUAAUGGCUGGAAUCCUGGUGGCAGGAUGGGAUAAGCAGAAAGGUGGUCAGGUCUAUAGCAUUCCUAUUGGUGGCAUGUGUGUCAGACAGCCAAUCUCAAUCGGUGGUUCUGGUUCAACAUAUGUAUAUGGUUAUGUGGAUGCACAAUACAAGCCUGAUAUGUCGAAAGACGAGUGUCUCCAAUUGGUAGAAAACACACUCGCAUUAGCUAUGGCUCGUGAUGGUAGCAGCGGUGGUGUGAUACGAACUGGUGUAAUCACAGAGAAAGGAAUUGAAAGGAAAGUUAUACUUGGUAAUGAAUUGCCACGCUUUUACGAAGGUUGAAAACCAUGUCAUUAAUAUCGUUAUCGCAAUAUUUAAUGUAAGGUAUCUACAAAAUUUAAAAAUCAUGUAGAGUACAUGGCGCAUUUAUAAAUUAAAAUUAAAAAGAAAAUUAUAAUACAAUAU